CUUCAGAGACACAGUUUGGGGUGGGUGCAUCCUGGAUUGGUCUCCUGCCCUUACCAUUUUGGGGCCGCUGCAAGAACCGAGCUCCAGACCAACCGCCAACGGUCUGCCUCGGCGGCCGCCAUCUUUGCUGCCAUUGGCACAGGCCCUCUGAGGCGCUGACUAGUGUCAUGUCUGCCACAGGGAAUGGAGACCCGACACCAAAUGACCCAGAUAGCCGGGUGAGCCUGGCAGCCGAGGGGGCUGAGGCAGCUGGAGUGGAUGAAGGAGUUGGGCUCAACUCCGGGACAAAUGUGGGCAGCGUGGCCGAGGGCAGCGAAGCCCAGGUGGCCUCGGGAGCCCAGGCCCUAGGGCCCCGGGUGGUAGAGGAGGGCGUGAGGCUGGAGGCAGGGUCCGCUGCAUCCUCCUCGUCUUCCUCCUCCUCCAUCGGGCCAGCGGAGGAGGAGGAGGGCGGGGACGGGGUGAUGAACCGGGUGGUGGACCCCUGGCAGUUCCCCUUGUUGAAUUUCCGAAUCACGUUCAUGGAGCUGGCCAACGCGCUCCUGCAGCGCAUGCAGCACAACGACCACCUCCUGAUCCGCCCCUACGAGGGCAGCCUGAGGCUGCGACGAUCCGCUCCCAACGCAGCCUCCCGCCCACGUCCCCGCCCCAGCCUCCGCCCCCGGCUGCUGCCGGUGCUCCCGAUGCCUUCAGGGCCCAGGGGCCCGGCGAUCCCUCAGGUCAGGGCCCCGGGCGAAGGCGAGGCCCAAGCCCCGGCUGUCGAGGCUGUGGUCUCGGCCCCGGCCGUGGAGGAGCCAAGAGCCUGCGCCGGCGCCACCGCCAUGUUGGCCGAGGCGUCAAAGGAAGCGAUGAAGGAGACAGCGAAGAGCGGAAAGCAGGUGGCAAAGGACUCCAAGGGUGAAGAACACGUGGAAGUGACUCAGAAUCCGCAAGAAAACUGGAGUGGAGAUGAUGAUUUUGGAGGUGUGGAAGAGAGAGAAGCAGAGGAAGAAGGUGAGAAGGAAAACGAAAAUCAACAAGAACCAGAAAAGGACACAGACGCAGCAGGUGGCAGCCUUGGAAAACCCGGUUCGGAAGACUAGAAAGAAAAGGAUGGAGAAAGAAGAAAGAAUCCAACAUGUGUUUAGAAGUUCAAGAGAAUCUCAUCAACAUUAACUUCAUUCCAAAGCUUGUUACCUCAAAUACGAUACCCAUUGAUACCUGACUUUUCUCUUUAUGUGUUCAAGUUAAAAAUAAGUUUGUUUUAAACAACUAAGUGGAACUACAGGCAGAUCUUUUUCAAAAUAACACUCAAAUCUGUUUUACCUCUUCUAUCUUCAUUUAAAAUGAAUAGCUUUCCAACACUUGGUAAACUUAUUUUAAAUUCUUUUAUUAUAGCACAGUGAAUUAAAGUGUAAAGUUUAAAACUUUUUUAACAGGAGAAAUGAAUGUCAAGGCUUCUUUAAAAUUAAAUUGUAUCAGUCAUUUAGCCACCUGUGGCUACUGAGGAUAUAAAAUGUGAUUAGUCUGAUUUGAAAUAUGCUGUAAGUGUG